AUGGUGGUUCCUAACAGGGAUCUUCCAAAGCGGCUUCCAUUGCUUAUCCUCAGAGACAAAGUCCUGUUGCCAGGAUCUUCUAUGAGAAUAGCAGUGAGAGACGAUGCCAGGUAUAUACAAAUCUGUUUACAUUUUACCUUUCUUGACAAUAUUCCGUCUAAUAAUUGUGUGUUUGAUCGACAGCCUACGAAUGAUCGAUUCCAGAUUACUAAGAAAGGAUACUUUGAGUAGUGUUAUCAUCGGAAUUGUGCCUCGGCGAUCAGCUAAAGAGGUUCGUAGUGUUCUUUUAUUGAGAUCUUGCCUUUUUGUGCUUGGAUGACUUCGCAAAUGUAACGAGCAGGAGUGUUAUAUUAUUGUACGUGAUCAUGACUUCUACGUUUGGUGGAAGUGACGUCAUCUUGUUGCAGGAUGACGCGCACUUCAAUGUGAUUUUUGGUGGCGUUCGGAAAUGACGUAGUUCUAAAUAAACUGGGACAUUUUCUUCCUGUGGAAAGUUUUCCUAGUUCGGUUUAUAUCAUCAGCAUUAGUUGACACUUUUUAAGUUGUAGGAUUGACAUCACUCAAAUUUACAGAUAUUCCCCCUCUCUGUCCUCCCCCCUUGUCACCACCACCCCCUAUUGGACAUGUACACCAAAAAUUCAUUAAAUAUUUUCCCUUUUGGCAUGCAUCUUGGGAUACAUAAAGUUUAUAUAUUCUCAAAUCUCAAACCAGACCAAAAUACUUUUGAAGGUUUUGGUUGAUUAGAGAUUACUUUGGAUUGUAGAUGGAGAUGAUGCUUGUAGUUUGUUUUACUUUUUUUGUAACACAGGUGCAGUCUAUUGCCAUAAAUGUUUUAGCCCAGGGGCUGGUCUAGGGGGAGGGUGCAGGGGGUGUGCACCCCCCCCUGAGAUGACCUGCGGUUUUCUAAUACAACUGGUAUUCUGCAAAAAAAAAAACUAUGUGGUUUAUUGGUGUUGAACUAGAGCAAGAGACGAGUGCACCCCCUCCUAAAAAAAAAUCCUGCAUCUGCCCCUGUAGCCUUAUUUGAUGUGAUUUAACGGAUGCCUCAUUGUUACGGACAGUUUGCUUUGUUCCUUGGGGAAAGCACUUCCUUACAUUUUGUCUAAAUUUAACCUGCUAAAUACAGACACCCCAUUAUGUUAGUGUGGACACUUUCUGUGACAUGGCUCCCUCAGUGUCAAUGUUGAUGCAGUUUGACUGUAAAAUAAAUAAGUAGGCUGCGAACGUUAACACUUUUAACCAUUAAAGUUCCAAGCGUGACCAACAUUGAGUUUCUCCUCACAAAUUAUACAGGAAAAGGUUAUGAGAUUUAAUAAAAUAAAAAUGAUCACCUCAGGGAAAAUGCUCUGAUCUUUUAACGAAUUCUCCCAACUAAUUCUUUAAGGAAAUUGUAUGAAGGUCAGUUUGGAGAAUUUGGAUAUCAGGGCUUAAUUGCCACCUGUAACAGGUGUUACAGGUUGUGGGAUAGUAUGUUCUAUAUAUAAAAGCUUUUCUAUGCCCUGCAGUUACCUUAUAUUUUAUACACCUAUUUAUACACUGAAUACAGAAAUUUACCCCAUUUGAACACAAGUCUUGAUUUCUGCUGCUGUAAAUUCUCAAUAUUUUUAUUAAAACUAUGAUCAUUAUUAUUUUCUUACGCUCUGAUUGGCUUUAGGAUGAGGAAUCAUUAUUGCAUGCCAUGGGAACUGGGGCUGUUGUGGUACAAGUAACAGGUACCAACUGGCCUAAGCCUCUGUACACCCUGCUAGUGACUGGACUCUGUCGAUUUAGAAUUGAUAAAAUAGUAAUGGAAGAGCCAUACCUGAUAGCAGAAGUUACUCAACUGGACAAACCUGCUGAACAAGGUAUAGUGCAGUGGCUAGUGCAUUUAUAUAGUAGCAUCAGCAUUUAUGAAAUUGACAUUACCAGAAAAUACUUAAUAAGCAUGUCUUGCAGCAGCAUUUCACAAACAUGAUUUCAGGGUGUGUAUUAUAUUAUUUAUUUUUACAUAUAAAUGCACAUUAUAUUAUCUUGCUCUCUUUUUACAUUCUUUUGUGUUUUUGCAUACAAAGCAUGCAGGAUAAUUAACAUAAGGGAAUAAAUUUAAAAAUAAACACCAAAGAUAAAUUUUGAACCACAACAUAUAUGUUACAGGUCAAAAUUAAAUUCAGGUUAGAUUUUUGUUAAACCUUGGUUGAUAUGAUUUAGGGCAAGGAGGUAAAGGGAAUUGAGAAUCAACCUACUUUAGGUUAAAGAAAACCUAAAUUAAUUUUGACCUCUAACACAUGCAUGUUUUUUGUUGAAAAUAUCUUUUAUUUAAGGUCAAGUUUAUGCCUGGUUGACAUUAAUCAAUUUUUGGCGUUCUAUUUUAUCUUAAUAAUUUGAUAAAAAUUGUGAAGCCAGGAGAUUGAUCUUUCCUUUUCUAUGACGUAAAAGCUUUAAUUCUAUGCCAGUUUAUAAAAUCUGGGACAAAGGUAAAUAAAGAUGUACUACUAUAACUUGUUUGAAAAUUAUGGCCAAGGAGCUUAACUGAAAAAAAAAACAUGACUAAACCUGUAUUUGCUUUCAUUUUUCUAUAAUUUUAAAUAAGACUUCUCAAAAAAUGUGUACAUAACAAAUUAUAUUAUUUUUUUACACUUUUAUUAGCAUUUAAUACUAAGAUUUUUAGUGCUAUGUCAAUAGAGAAAACAAUAUUGAAGGACUCUGUCAGUGCACGGAAAAAUGCCCUUCAUUUCACAAGACAGUAAACUUGAGGCAAUUUAAAAGUAGAAUCCUGCAGUUUGUCAGAGGUCACAUGGGGCUUUUUGCCUUGUGUAAAGAUCAGUUGCUAUGCACCAUAAAGUUUGAAACUUAGAAACAGAGACAAAACUCAAAAUAAGACUUCUACACUCACCCAAAAUGCUUCCAAAACUUGGAGAUUGAAUAUCACUAAAAAGUUUUCUGAGACCCAUAGUUACAGGUAUAAAAAUUAGCUUAUACCCUUUUUUUUCACUGUCACUUCAUUUUUUCAAACUUGGUUCACUUUGUUGUAACAUGAUUAACAUUUGUGUUUGUAGAAGCUGAAAUCAGGAAGAAUGCUGAAUUGACAACUCUUGCAGAGGAAUUCCGAUUGUAUGCGAAUGAACUUGUAGACAUGCUGGAUGGGAGAGUGCCUUUUGUUUCUAGAUUCAAGGUUAGAUUCAGAUUUAUUCAUGUUAGAGAGGUUGGGCUUUGGAAUCACAUGUUAAUCAAUUACCAGACGGCUGUUGACAAUAAUAAUGAUUGUACAUAAUUGACAGCAAGAACUGCCAAGUGUAACAUCGUACAAUAAUAAGAGUAGAUAUAAAUACAGUUUUUACUUGCAUAUUUUUGCAAUACACAAGAAAACAUUUACUUGCACCAUAAUGCAGACAGUUACUUGAAACUUAAAAGCAUAUGUCAAGAUGUGUAUGCACAGGUGGUCCAAAAACAUAGGAAGGAAAACUUUGAUGCACUUGGGUGUGUUCACUCUCUUGAUGCUUUGUCAAAAUGAUGUUGAUCAUCAAAAAGCAACUAGCAAAAUGAGUUUACUUUGUUGUAACUUUAAUUUUUCAGGACAUGUUAAGUGGAAUUCCUGAUGGCAGUCUUCCUGAUACACUUGCAGCAAUUGUUAAAGCUUCUUACCUGGAAAAGUUAGAGGUAUCAUAUCAACACACAUUUAUUUGAAUUCUUUGCCAAAAAAGAUUGAGAUAUUUAAUGACUAAAAAGUUCUAUUACAUGAAGGAUUUCUGCAUUUUCUGUACAGCCACAAAAAAAUUGGGUAAACUGUGUAGGAAGAGUAUAAUAAGAAUCCACCUGAGUGAAGGAAAUAGGGGACAGUUGCUGUAAACAUAACACGUGGAUGCACCAGGGAGGUGUGGAGGUCACACUGUCCUAUUUAAACUCCCUUGUCGCAGCAACUUAUGAACAACUUACAACAACUUCCAAAUGAAAAUUCUCCAUUCUUGUACCUACCUGUUUUUUUAUGGAUGCAGGACAGUGAUGUGCUUUUUAGACUUCCUAUAAAGUAAUGCCUUGUGUAUGUUGAUUAUUGCAGAUCUUAAAUACUGUAGACUUGAUUGAGAGAUUUAAGAAAUCCCUGAAUUUGUUAAAGAGGCAAAAAGAGGUACUAGUAACUAAUAAUAUUGUUGAUGAAUGAUACAAGACUAUGAAACCCUUGUAAAAAUCCAUUGAAAUCUGACUUGUUUCACUUCCCACCCCUACUUCCUUCAACAUGAUUUCAUGAUCUUCAGAGUUUUUGUGGAACUUUUUCCCACUGAAAUGAGGCCUAGUAAUUGGCCCGGAUACGAACAAAACACAGGGAAGAUGGGCUGUCACUAAGUUGCCGGUAUAUAUAUGUUGCAGGUAAAUUUUUUCUUAGGUAAAUUUAAUUUUUCACUAAGUACAAUUUGUAACCUAGGUAAUUUUGCACACAUUCAUUCAUUGUAUAAAGAACUUCGUUAUAGAGGUUUGUUAUAUCGAGGUUCCACUGUAAGUAGGGAAGUGAACAGCUGGAAAAAUGCCCCAUUUUCCUCUUGUUUCUGUCGAUAGUACACUUAGCUGCAUUGGUAGUCAUGCUUAUACAGGGUUUUCAUUAGAAUGCUAGUAGCAGAAGAAAGGUGCAACCAUACAGGGGGAUAUUGUGAAAGAGGCUCUACGUCCAAUCUCCAAUGCCUAAUUAAUGAACACCUGAACACCCUGCUUAUAUAAAAGAGGUCUCAAAAUCCCAUGCCCCUCUCUUGGUGAUAGCCCGGGGGGGGGGGAGAAAGACAAAAGAGGCUGUCUCUGUCUGUUUUCCUUGGGACCACACCUGCACACUUGUUAUUGGUAUUAAAGUAAAACCCCGCUAAACAGAUACCCUCUUAAUACAGACACCCCAUUAUUAAAGACAGUUUGCUUUGCCCCUGUGGAAAGAAACCCUAAUUACAAUUUCUCUAAAUAGGGACACCCUGUUAAUAUGAACACCCCCUCAGUGUCCGUAUUAACAAAGUUUUACUGUAUUUAUGUGGACCUUUUUCUAAUUUAACUUUUAGGGGUUGAAGAGCUCCAGCCCUAUGAAAGUUGAGAUAAACCGGAGGGUUUUAAAAAGUGGUACUCCCAAGGUGAUUAUUAUUUUUACAUAAAUAAUAUUUAAUUUAAAUAUUGUUGGAUUUAGCAUGCCCCAUUUAUAUACUGGGGUAUAUAAAUAUAGGUAUUUGACCAUUUUCUUAAAGUGUUCGACGUUAUUGCAAUGGCAAAGCUCUUUUAACUAAAAGCAUUUAUCAAGAUUUUUUUAUUGAAAUUCAUAUAUUCAUCUUAAGUUGUAAAACUGUUUCUGUUGAGCCUUCCUCUCUUUAGUAGAAAGUUUGGAAGCAGAAAUAUGUGGUGAUAAACCUUCCACUUUCUCAUCUCCGGUUUUGUUUGUAAUGUUUGUUUGUUUGUUUUAAUGACAGCGUGGUGGUAAUAUGAUUGUAUCAAGAGAUCAUAAGAGGAUGGGAAGAAGUUUUGAUGAAGAUGAUGACAAUGAUGAUGAAGAUGAUGUUGAAGAACUAGAAAGGAAGAUAAAGUACAGUAUCCCUGUUGUUUAUUACUUAAUUUAUUUUUUUAUGUAGGUUGUAAUUGUUAGUAACAAAGUUUUUUUUAAAAAAUAAUCUGUUUUGCAGGGGCUACACAAAUAGGGGUAUAGAAUGGUAAAUUCUCGACUUUGUGAGACUGAGAAACCUCCAAACCUGAGACUUAAAUAUUUUUAAAACUCCAAGCCCAAAACUCUGAUUGCUGAGAAUUUUGAGAUAAAGGUACAACGAAAAGCCAAAUAAAAUGAAUGAAAGUGCAAAUGGAAGGUAGUGGAAGCCCACCAAUGUGCUGCUUUGUCAUGUUUUACUGUCUUAAUCUACUAGCUUAGUUUGAUAAGCUCAGUACCUAUGAACACUGAAAAAUUUGACUCCUGAAGACCAAACGGAAACAAAAAAACAACAAAUCCGAGACUCUGAGAGCCAUUGACUUAAAAAAAUAAGGAGCCUCCAAAACCCCAAAAUCACCUGAAAACAAGACCUUGAGACACAUCAAAAAUGUUUCCAAGAUUUCAAGAUUGGUCCAAAAGUUUCUGAGACAAAUUUUUCAAGGUACCAUUCUAUACCCUUAUUAAGAGAUGUGCCACUCUGUCCUCCAAACUUAGCCCCAUUUUAGAAUAGAGUUUUCAUUCAUACAAUAAAGACAUUGCUAAGUCUCAUUCUUUGUAAAUGGGAUGAUUGAAUUCUAAUACACUCCUCCCCCAUUUUCAAAAUGUCUUCACAUUGUGUUGUGUCCAGCUAUGCAAUGUUUUAAUGUAUUUUUGUAGGUCAGCUGAUCUACCAGAGCAUGCUUUUAAAGUGGCCAUGAAAGAGCUUAAGGUAGGUAAUUUACUGGAGUAGGCCUUUUAAAAAAAAUACCAUAAUACUCUUUGUUGUCCACCAGGCUCCAACAUGUUGUCAUUGUUGUUGAAGGCGAUUGUAAGUCCCAAAAGAAAUUGAAAACAAUGCGACAAGAGGAGCCUGCAAUCCUAAUCUCCAGGUUGUUAUUAUGCAUGCGUCGCAUGUAGGCAGCAAGCAUUUUAUUUGGACUUCCUCUAAGAAUGAAUGGAAUGCACAGGACUCAAUUUGAUCAUUCAUGUUUGGACCCUCUGUCACUCGUAAUCUAAUCAGGUGUGUAUUGAAUAUCUGCACGUAAAACUUACGAAAAGUUACAGCAAUGGAGCAAAAGCAUUUUGACCUUCGAUCAUUGUCACCCGCACUCAUUAGUAUUCCUACCCCCACAUGGACUUUCUUCAAACCAUUUGUUAUUGUCCAAAUUUGGUCAUGACUGCCAGCUCAUUUUAAAGAGGGAAAGUAAACAAAAGGGAGUGAAAAAAAAAAUAUUUAGAAUGAAUUAUGAGAUUAUCAUGAAAUUUUUAGUAUUAUUAGUAAACAAGGGAAUGCACUAGAACAUAAAAAAGUGGCCAUUGUGGAGAGAGAACUAUUAGGGUUUACUACUUUACUGCUGUCCUUGGAUACUGAUCAGUACUUUUUCAUCAUUGUAGAGACUGAAAAAGAUGCCACCACAGUUCCCUGAACAUGCCACAUCAAGGUAAAAAUAAUAAUUUGGUCUGAGGUUGCAUUGUAAAAAGGUAGUCCCAAUGACUUGGACUUCUCUAGUGCCAUGUCUGUUCCUUUACCUCAUCUGGUAAACAUUUCAUAGUUGACAAGCAUGUCAUCUGUUGAUGUAUGUUGAAAUGGUGGGUACUUUCCAAAACUGAAACCCUGAUUACCGAAGUAAAUAUCUCAGGUCCAGGCUAGAGAAUGAUUGCCAAAGCAUUGUGAAUCAUCAGGAUAGCAAAAAAAGGGAAAUUCUACUGUAAAUUCACUGUAACUUAGUUUUCUUUGUUGAGUGUGAAAUUCAUUUCGAUUGUUUCCUUUCUAAGGAAUUACUUGGAAUGGAUGAUUGACCUUCCAUGGAGCAAAGAAACCAAAGACAAGUUAGAUAUCCCUCAGGCAAGGUGAGGAACCAAGUAGCUGUAGAUAUCAUUUUUUGGAAGUAUCAGUAUGAACGUCUUUGCCAUUUUGGAGGCAAAGAAAGCAUUCCAGGGGAUACUAUAUGUUUCUUUUUCCAGAGAGGGAUCAAGUCACCCAUACCCAAAUAUACUGUACAUCUAUAAUAUGGAUCUUUAGGGAGUUACAGUAUAUUGAAGAAAUUUGCAAGAUUAACUAAAUUUUAAUAUUGUUUAUAAGUAAUGAAUUAUUUUCAUUUAUUGCAAUUUUUUUGAAGGCUUGAUCUUGAUCAAGAUCACUAUGGUCUGGAAAAAUUAAAGAAGAGGGUAAUCGAGUAUCUUGCUGUUCGCAAAUUAAAAAACAGUUUAAAAGGUAACAACCGUAAUAACUUUUAUUGUUUGAAGUUAGUAAAGUUGCAGUAAGUUGUAUUUUCUUUUAAGUCUUCACAUUGAAGGCAGAACAUGCUGUACCAUUUUUGCUUUAUAGUUAACCAGUUAUGACACACAGUCAGACAGUUUAGUAAGAUUUUUACUGAGAGAGCAAACCAGCCAGUCGUUUAGUCUUUGUUUUAUUUUUAUUGGGUAAGUUAGCAAGCUUCUCAUGUGGUGGUACAUCUCCCUUUGCAUUACAGGACCAAUUCUGUGCUUUGUUGGCCCUCCUGGAGUUGGUAAGACAAGCGUAGGAAGGUCUAUUGCGAAUACACUCGGCCGGGAAUUUCAAAGGUACUGGACAAAUUCCCAUAACUGUGUUUGUAAUCUCUCCUUCCUUGUUAGCUUGUUAGUAAGAAUUUUCUAUUAUUUUAUUUCUCUUUCAGGAUAUCACUUGGUGGAAUUUGCGACCAGUCGGACAUCAGAGGACACAGGUGUGUGAUGAUGUUUACUUACCAUGUUGAAUGCAUCCUAUAAUUAAUUACAAACUACUCCUUGGAGUUAAAUCCUUUUUGUUCAUGGUUGACAAAAAUAUCAUAUUUUAUUAUCAAAACCCGGUAAUUCAGCCAUGACUCUAUCAAUAUUAUAAUCAUCUGGAAGCGAUGAAAUGAAAAGACUUUUCACUUCACUGACCAUGGACAAGAGAUAAAUCAUUGGUCAUGUUUUUGUUUUUAAUCUCUUUUUCAUUCUUAAUUUUUGUCGUUUGUAAAAUGCUUUUGCCACCAAUUGAAAGUCAUUGCUAUUUUACAAGUGUGGCCGAAGAUUUGAACUCAGGACUACCGUGAACAAAUCCAGCUAGCGGUCAGGGCAGGACUUGAACAAGGGGCCUCCGGAUUACAAAUCUGGUGCUCUAACCACGCAGCCAUACUGGCUCUAGUUAAGAAGUGUAUCAGGAGUCUGAAUGGUAGUCUCCCUUCCAGCCAUUGUUAGUGUCAUCACACAAUUCUCCUCCAGGUUUGUGGGUAGGAGCACUGCGUGACGACACUAAAAAACGGCUGCGAGGGAGACUAUCUGAAUAUGGGUACGUGGGUACCUGCUCAUUAUUGUGACCUUUUUAGCAUCGUCCCCUUCCUUCUUUUGGUUUCUGAUUUCUUUAAAUUGAGGUGAUUUUGGUUGGUAUCUUGUUAUAGGCGCACUUACAUAGGAUCCAUGCCAGGAAGAAUUUUGAAUGCAUUGAAAACAGUUGGCGUCAAGAACCCAGUCAUCUUGUUGGAUGAAGUGGACAAGAUGGUGAGAUGACUUUGCCGCUAGUUUGUGGCAGAAUUAAGCCUAAAAAAGGGCUUUUCAUACAUGUAAUGUUCAAUCUAAAAAGUAACAAUAAAUGCUUUAAUUGUGCAAUUUAAUACUACAAAGUGUGACAUGUUGAGAAUGUUUUUUUUGUGUUUGUAGGGGAAAAGCCUUCAUGGCGACCCAGCUGCUGCUUUGUUGGAGGUCUUGGAUCCUGAGCAGAACUGGACAUUUGUAGACCAGUAUCCUAUCCUAUCUUUUACAGUGUAUUUGUUUGCCUAAUACUUGCUUGACUUUAGAAUACCCAGACACUUCUUGGCAUCUUAUUGAAGAGUAAAUGUGUCCCUUGUGUUAUGUGUCAUUCUUUAUAGUGUUUCAACUAGUGGCUGGAUAUUCUGAAGUUACUCUCGCCUCUGACUCCCUAAUACUUUUGCAAAGUGUUGGUUUUGUUAUUAAAAUUCAUCUUGGGUACGUCACUUUUUUUAACCGAAAUUACUUUGAUUCCAUCCGAUCGAUCCUGGUCUCCUAUUUAACUGAUUAACCCAGCUUCCGAUUGUUCCGUCCCAAUUAUUAAUAAGAAGUGGGGCUCUAUAAUAGCGGAGCUGCACGUGCAAUUUGUUUUUUUGCUAAUUAGAUCUAUUAGUCUUGAAGCCAUUUUCAUUGUCGUCCCCGUUUAGCAUUACACGAUUUUUUUUUUUUUUGUUUACAAGUAUUAACCAGAGCUUCGCUUUUAGCCCUGGCUAAAUCUAUAUUUUAGUGUGAUUACAAGAAGUUUCCUUAACUUACAUCUAGCUAUCUGAACAUUCCAUUUGAUCUUUCACAAGUGAGUACUUCAAAAUGAUGUUCGCUUUACACUUCAGACCAAACAGAUGUAGUUAUACCAGUCCUAUUUUGUCUGCAGGUUCUGUUCAUAGCCACUGCUAAUACAGUCAGCACAAUUCCUCCUGCCCUGUUGGAUCGAAUGGAGGUAAGCAGUCCAGAGAAUACUAUUACUCUCAGAAAGUGAGAUAGUCUCAGUUCUGAGAAUUCCUUCCCUCGUACACAGAGAUCGAGAUGUUCUUUGCGCGGUGGUUAAGCAGUCGUGAGGCUCUUCCUCUUUCUAAAAGCAAGAGAGAUUUUUUAGGGGUUACAAAGGCUGCCUAUACCCUUCUUACAGGGCGAGAGAGAUAAUGUUCAAAAUUGAUUUCAUUCUAUUUGAUGCUUAUUUUUUCAGUUAAUCAUGGUUCCAGGGUACACGCAGGAAGAAAAGGUCGCCAUUUCAAAACGACAUCUUCUACCCAAACAGUUGAAGGUUUGUCGUACACACUCUGGAAAUUAUUCAAUUUGCUUCUUUUUUACCGACUUACUGUUGAAGAGAUUCUAGCAUCGUAUUUGAAAGAUCAGAUGUUGAUGAUUGUUUGUAUUUUUCAGUUUUCCUUCGUAGUUUAUAAUUAUAAACUAUUUUGCAAUCGACGAGUAAAUCUUUUAUGGUUUGUUUCAGGAACACGGACUCACUGCUCAAGACAUUGACGUUCCCGACAAUUCACUCAAGGCGAUAAGUAAGGGUGCUUUUUGGAAUAUAGUAGAAAAAAGAUCCAGUAACCUCUUUCUAAGACGGAUACCUUUGGAAAAGUGUUCGUCUCACAAAGAGUCAAACAAAAUGUCUGAAGAACGAGAGGGAAUAACCGUUUUAGGGGAGGAUGUCUGUGUUAUAAGGGUUUGCCGCUGGCCAUUUUUACCCCUCCCCGGCAAAAAUUGUCUAAAACGGCGGUUGCGCAUGCUCUGAUUGUCUCACCUUGACCGAGUUGUUUAGACUGAGUUGACCCGGCUGGGCGAACCAAAGUGUUUCUGUGGAGAAAAGUUGACCCGGCUAGAAGGUCGUCUUUACCAUGACAAAAGCCGAGCCAACUUUUUCUUUCAUCUCAUGUAAACUGUUCGCCAGGUUUCGUAAGGGAAUGUCGUAAUGGAAUGUCUACCGGGGACAACUUUUCUCUGUAUAAACGGGGGGAUAUUUUGAUUCGAUUUCAUACCCGAGAAUCUAUAAUCUCUCUUCAGCAUCAGAUUCCUCAUCGUUUGUUAAUUCGCACUUUUUAUUUUGUUGAAAGAAAGAAAACUUCAUGAACUAAGAAAAAAAAAUGAAAAUGUGUUUUUCCUUGCAGUUUCUAAUUACACUCGUGAGGCCGGGGUACGAUCACUUGAACGGAAGAUUGGUGGCGUGUGCAGAGCAGUCGCCGUGCGGGUAGGGACAUGUUUUGGCCUUAACUUAAUAUGCCCUUACUUUACUUACUUUGUUUCCAGCGGGAAAACAGGACUACCUUUUCAAAGUACAUGUACCCCUAUUCUUCGCGGGUAAAAAUGUGUGUUACAUUUGCAUCCCAACCGGAAUUUUGUAGCCUGAAUUUCAUCCGAUUACUUCGAGUCGUUAUUACUCCCUCAGUAACGACGUUACUGAGGGAGUCAUCGGAUGAAAUUCAGGCUAUCAGUAAUCGGAUGAAACUCAGGCUAGAAUUUUGGAGUUUCUUGGUAAAUGGAAAGCGCCUUAUCUGUGGAAUACCAAAGCAGCCAUUAUUUAAAUCCCGUUAUCUCGUGCUUCCAUGGUAAAAAUAGCUACCGACUUCCUGUAUUUCGUGUUUAUUUCUUCACUGAUUUUCUUACAUGUAGGUCGCUGAAGCCGCAAGAAGUGCAUCAGAGAAAACUAAAGACAGCGGUAAAGAGGAAUCUAAAGAACAAGAGGGUACAAGCUCCAAGGCUGAUUCUACCAACACUACAGCUGUUACUGUUACGGACAGAAGGGCGUUCUUGGUCACUGAAAAGUUUUUAACUGAUGUGCUAGGGGUGAGGUUCUCAUUUACCUUUGUGUUAAAAGACUGCUGCUCAUUAACUUCCUUUGGAAGCAAAAUCAAACAAUUGGAAAUUUGUAAUUAGCAAAGAAAAGUCUUUGGCAAAUAGUUAGUUAGACUUCAAGUUUAAACCUGUGAAAGCAGUAUUUUUUUCUGUGAGGGCCACGUGUCGAUUAUUAAAAGAUACUAAUUGCUUCUCUCGAUGAAGAGCUCUUCUUUGUGUUAUUGUUAUCUAAUGACAUAAAUAUUUUCCAGCCUCCUGCGUUUGAAUCUGAGGUGGCUCAAAGACUUUCUACCCCUGGGGUUGCUGUCGGUGAGUGAUGGGAUUUUUGUUUAUCUUUUAUGCUCAUCGGUCUCUUCCAAGUACUCGUAAAUUCUUGACGUCCUGAAAAUAUGCAUAUAUCGCUCCUCGCGGCUCAGGGAUAAGUCUGUGAAGUAGUUUGAAAACAAUUCAUUUUGAGAAACGUAAGCUAAACGUAGGUCUUUCAUUUGAAUGAUCAAAUCUUCAAAACACUUCAGAGACUCAAAAACUAGGGCUUCGUUUCACGAUGACGUGAAUUUCCUUUAGCAACCAGCAUUAUUUUUUGUUUGCUUUAGGUUUUAGAUUUAGCAAUCCCUGGUAGUUGUAAUCAAAUGUCAUGAUCGUGGGUUUAAAAGAUCCCAAACGACAACUCUUUUUAAGAGUAUUUUAAAAAAAGGCCAAUAGCACUGGUGACUUGUCUUGCAUGUGACUUGAUUUACAUGCCUUUUUCAACACCUGUGCCACCUACGAUGGCUGUCAGGGAACUAGACUUGCAAACCGUUUAGAAACGUAGUUUAAGAACCGAUAUCAUUUCUUUUGAUAUUCCAGUCAACUGGUUCCCAAGUUUAUCCCUUACUACACAAUACCGUCUGCUGUCAUUGUGGUUUUUAACCGCGUGUUUUCUUUUUUUGUUCGCAUGUUCUCCUCAGGUUUAGCGUGGACGGCCAUGGGCGGAGAAAUCAUGUUUGUUGAAGCCACGCGGAUGGGAGGGGAAGGAAAAUUGACCUUAACAGGACAGCUUGGUAUGUGUCUCAUAUAUACUUAUUUAAGACAUUUCCUCAAAAUACUACUAGAGAACCACACAAAGGAACUUGUCUCAAAGAUUUAAUUUCUCUGCUCUUAAAUUUGUCCACCUUUUUUUAGCCUGUUCACAGACCCCCUAUUUUCUCUUUGAGCGCGCGUGAUGAUAUAUAAUCCGCAGGGGAUUUAUUGACCGCCAGCACAAGGGGUAGGGGUGGGGGAAGAAAAAAAUAGACGAUUUUUCUUUCUCGCGCUCCACGCUCGUUCUCGCAAGCUCGCUUUGCUCGCGAGCUCGGCGAUGUUUUCGGAAAGAACGAGAAGAAACAUUAAACAACGUCUGUGUACAGGCUAACCUUUGUAGACCUCAUGAUCAGCACGGUAAAGGUUACUAGAUUUACAAGGAGGAGUAAGAUAUAUUCUCCAAAAUGCUUUGCUGCUAAAAUCAGUAGACUUUUGGGUAUGAGCAUAAUGUUUGCCUUAAUCUUUAGGGGAUGUCAUGAAGGAGUCUGCACAGUUGGCGCUAAGCUGGCUUAGGAGUCGUUCUGUUGAGGUGUAUAUUUUUACCUUAUUUAGUAAUCAAAAUUUGUAGUUAUUCUCAAAUUAGUAUCGUAAUGCUUUUAUCAAAGCAAAUAAAGACUGAAUUGCACCAAAAUCUGAUAAGCUGUUUCAAAUACCAUCAAAUCAGCUUGAAGCUAUGGUUGCGGCACUCUUAGCCCGAGAGAACGGUUUGACUUUCAAUUGGCUGAAAAAGUUGCCGCCGUUUUCAAAUCAGCAGCAGUGCUUAGGAAUGCCCAACCAAAGCGAGUACGAACGACUUUAUCUUUAACAAAUGUAUUACCAAUUCCAUUGGCGGAUGUAGACCAGGGCCUCCUUCUAAUUCUUAGGCCAGUCUAGAGCACGUAGGGCUGAGAAAAAUUCAGUAUUUUCGAUGCUGGGCCCCCUUCUUUUCUUAGGCUCUGGAUGAGCGAACCCCCACCUACUUGAACAUUUGAACCCGUCCCUGAUUUUCUCACUUAUUCUGGUGUUGCGAUGAUUUUGCGUGGCUAUAUUAAUGGAACCGUAAGCAACUGUGGAAAUGAAAACAAUGUAACAGUUACCACUUAAAGAUGUUUCCGGCAACAACAAUUUGUUAUCUGCCCCCAUUGAAUUUACAAGUACUAAGCUAACUCACUUCUUGUUCGUCUAUCUCUUUUACCGUUAUAUAGUUUUUCCUGACGUCAGAGGACGGUAUUGACCUUCUGGAACGUACAGAUGUUCAUAUCCACUUCCCAGCAGGCGCUGUGGGUAAAGACGGCCCUUCUGCUGGUGUUACCAUUGUAACUGUACUUGUUUCACUAUUCAGGUAAGUUUUCCAGGGACAAUGCGAUCUACUUUCGCUCAAUUUGCUUUGUUUCUUCGUUUCCAUGCCUCCCACUGCGUGAGUAAGUAUUCAUUCCACACAUCAUUUUGUGGGCGUGGUGUUGUCAUAUACUUGGUGCUAGGCAGUGGCUCGAUUUCCGUGGUGAUCUCCUUGGUGCUGAAAAGGUUGCUGCCCUCCUCGGUAUAUCCCCUCCAAUACUAUUGACUAAGUGUUUUAACAAGUUUUUCCAUUCAGGCGUAAUAUGGUCAUAAUUAUCAAACUACAGUAAUAGGGAGCUUAAGUGACGAGGUUAAUUUUUUAAGCGCGACGCACGUCAGGUGGAAGUGGACUUAUUGCCUUUUUGUUUUGCUCAAAUUUUCGGGCAAUUCGUCUCUAUAAGAGUACGCGUGCUUAUAGGUAUGUUAAAUGUGGCGAUGAUAGUUUAUAGUUUUUUGUUGUCUCCCCAGUGGCCGAUGCACCCGUUCUGACACAGCCAUGACAGGUGAAAUCACGUUAAGAGGCCUUGUUUUACCGGUAAGGCUUGUAUUUAAAAUACAAUUUUAGUUACCCUUGGUCAAUGGCGUUAUUUUGAUAUUUCGAGUUUUAGAAAGCCUUUCUAGAAAAAGAUAGAGAGAGAGAGAUAGAACUAUUAGCACUGAUAUGGUUAGUAUGAAAAGUGAAAUUGAAUCGCCUCUGAAUUGUUUUUGUUAGGUCGGUGGAAUCAAGGAAAAAGUACUGGCAGCUCAUAGAGCUGGUCUGAAAAGGGUGAUAUUACCAAGGCGGAACGAAAAGGUGAGAAAGGGGCUUGGUAGCCUGUGCCAGGCUCUCAGAUUGUAUAGUGGGGACGUAUUAAACGAGCAAAGCGAAAAUAAGACGCGCGCGACUUGGCAAAGGGGGCCGGUGGCGGCGGGCCCCGUCUCUCCCCAGCCCCCGCGCGUUUUCUUAUUUUUGAACGACUUUUCACUUUCACCACUAUCUCGGAACGAAAAGGUGAGAAAGGGGUUAAGCUAAAGUACUGAUUCUAACAUCGAGAAUGCAGGUGUAUAUUUUCUCGCAGCCUCUCUCGAGAUAUUUUAUAUUAGUAAGAUCUUUCUUGUUAGUUGAUAAUUUUUCUUUGUUUUUAUUAUCUUUGUUUUCUCUUGGCCUAUUCCCCCUUUGUUCUUUUGGCUUUUAGUAUUGCGUUGCACGUAUUUUUAGCUUAUUUUAGUUCUGUCUUUUUUGUCAGUAGAUAAUUUUUGUUUGUUUCUUUCGAAUGUAGGAUCUUUCAGAGCUACCCGAUAACGUGAAGGUAAGAUACCAUGCAGUCACAUUAGAGAAUUUCAAAUCAUACUCAUACACAUUUUUGUUUCAACGAUUGUUGAGUUUGACUAUGCGUGGGUCUCAGACCACGAUAUGUUUAUCAACUGAUCUUUGGCAACUACAACAAUCAUGGGAAAAGGGACUCUUUGUGUAAACGCUUCAAUCAAGAAAUGCUACACCUUUUCUUGGCGAUAGCUGAAAUGGCUUACUAUAGCGAGGGGAGACUGGGUCGAGUCCCCCUAUUCUUCCGUCGCUUUUUUGUUGUUCGCUCUAUUUUUCACCCCGCGCUUUACUAUCUGAACGAAUGUGUGUAAAGCAUUGUUCUUCUUUUUUUCUUAUCAGGACAAGAUGGACUUUAUCUUGGCUAACAGGGUUGAGGAUGUCUUACGUGCGGCUUUUGAUGAUGAAUUUCCUGGAAUUCCACAGGCUGUAAGCGGGAAACCACUGAGCAGCAAAUUGUAAUAAAGUAUUAGAUAUGGUGCUCAAUAUCCAAUCGACCUAUUAUCUGUAAAGAGAGAUGUGGGGUUCCUGUGGUGAGUGAUCUCACGGAAUUUAAUUUUGACAUACUCUCUGAUAGCUUACAAUGACAAAACAGGACUAAAGCCCCAUUCACACCAAGGCUCAAACAUGUUUAAAGACUGUUUAGUUAAACAUGGUUUAAAAUUGUUUCCUUCCUAAAAGCUACUUGCUGCAAAUUUAGUGCAAAUUACAAAGCGUGUUGAGUUUAACUUGAAUACUGUGUAAAAACCUGUGUUCCAGUUUUCCGUGUCUGUUUUUCAUUUUUUAAAACCUGGUUUAAUUAAAAAAUGUUUAGCUAGUAUGAAUGGGGCAUAAGCUAGUUGUAUUAAAAAGAGCCAAGAAUUUGAGUUCGUCGGCUUGGCAGAGUAACAAUGCAUGUAGUAUAUCAUAGAACCGUACCGUAAAGAUAACGAGUUAAUGGGCCGCACUUCUGAAGCGACUUAAGGUGGUAAGCAAGCCAGAUAACCUUACCAUUCGCCAUUUGCAUUACCCCGGAAUACACCUUGUUUGACCCCUCCACCGCCCCCCCCCCCCAAAUUUUGCAUAACCUUUGUUUUUCAUUUGUCCUGGGUAUUACAACCGUCCGAAAAGAAAUUGAAAACAAUGCUGACGCAAAAUUUUGGAGGCAAACAAGGUGCAUUUUUGGAGAUUUGCAAGUGGCGAAUUUUGAGUUUUGGAAUGUAAUAAAUUAACAAUGCAAAAAAAGUUUGUAUGAAAAUGCUAUUUGAAUGUUUUGACGAAGGUUUACAGCAAUGCACGAGGUCAUAGUUAUCCGAAUUUCUAUAACUGAGGCCCCGUCCAUACGAUUCAUUCCGAGUUCCAAAAAAUUUCACUUUCAAAACGAGGCUAAGUGCGAAACCUUUGUUGUAAAAAUGAGUUUUAUUUGCAUCAUAAUUAAAAAUCAUUUUCAUGUCAAUGGCUUCGCACUUAGCCUCGCUUUGAAAGUGAGAUUUUUUGGAACUCGGAAAUGGCCUAUUGAAUUGGAAAAUAUCCGGUUUCAGUCAUCUACACGGAUUUGGAUUCGCGAAUCCGGGUUCCUUCUGUUGGUAUCGUGGCACAGAUUACGUACAACAAAAGAAACAAUACAACCAAACAAUUAAGCCCACAGGAGAACCCUACUGUUUGGUUCCUUUGUUUCUUUUGUGAUGGACGGCACCUGGAGAACGACCCCAAAUCCGUCGGAUCGUAAAAAUAGCAACAACAACAACAAUGGAGAGCAGAUUCAAAAAGAUGCGUUUUCAGUGAGCGAGUUCACUUGUUUCGUCUAGAUGGAAGGCGGGGAAGGGGCCAUAGAAUGCCGCAGGAAUGAACGCCGUCCACACAAAUCAGGAUAUUUUUGCAACCCGAAAAUAUAUACGUUUUUUUAAGAAUCAGCCUUCUGUCUGUACGAAACCAAAGAAUCUGGUCACCGAAACCGCUCUCUAGCGUCUUUGGAUCUAAAGGAUUUUCAAAUUCCUGUAAAUAAUUGCAACCGGUUACUGACUUUCAAAUGCGGUUUCAGCUUACCCGGAUUCGUGUGGACAGGACCUUUUUGUGACGAAUCAUAGCAUGCUCAUUUCCUUAGAAUCAAUUAUGCUGGAUAGUACUCUUCAGGGUUCGUAUAGAGUCUUGAAUUCUUGAAAAAGUCUCGAAAUUUCCCCAGCAAUUUUCCAAACGUGCAAAAAGUCUGGAAAAAUGGCAAAAAGCCUUGUUGUUUUUUUUAAAGCUACAACAAGUGCUGUCAAGAGCCAUAAUAGGACAGAGAGGGACACUCAGGGCGUUGGCCGGGAUAUCUUAAUCCCA